AGUGGUCCACUGACAGCUAGCCCACUCGACCCUCGCAGCUACACCAACGCCCGAUUCUGCUCUCGUGCUGGACAUUGAGGGCAUUCCGGGGGCUUUCUACGGCCUCUCGAUGGCAAAGCAGGCCGCGACAGCAGCGCCAAAUGCCACUGCCACCGCUCACACCACCGGCGCCUACGCCGCUGCUGUAGGCCCUGCACACCCCUCCUCAACAACGACCCUUCCAACUCUGCAAGCAGACACUACCGCCACCCACGAUCAAGCAGCCGCCUCGACGGGCAACUCGUUCCAGAGCAGCCAUGACGGAGCUCCCGUCGGCAUCUCGUUUCUGAAACCCCGUGUGGCCGCCGCACUUGGCGUGCCCCGACGAUGGCAUCCCCUCCUAUCUGCCUGCCGCCUCCUGACGAUCGGCCCGUCGCUAUGGUGGGGGGCGCGCAUAGCGCUGCGUUUCCUCAUCACGGAGCUCGUCGACUUCUCUGACCCCUCGGCGCCGACGCUGGCCGACUUACGCGCUGAUGCGGGCGCUUCUCUGCGUCUGGUUGAGACCUCACUCGUCUUCGUUUGGUGCUGGGCCUCUGCCUACCUCUCGUUCUUCUUCACCGACUGCCUCAUGUCCCGCUGGCUGCUCAACUAUACCCCGGAAGCCACUAUUGUUCGCCUUUUCACAAUCGACUGCAUCUUCACCUACCUCACGUCAUCCGCAAUUUACCUCACUGGGGCCUCCAAAUCGCCCUGCAUGCUCCUGCCAGCAUGGAUUGGCAUCUCAGCCGCCCUUACGGCGUGCUAUGCAAUUACACAGCGCAAGAUUAGCAUCCGCAAGGAGACCAGGCUCAGCAUUCGCGUCUUCAGUAUCUCGAGCCUCAUUAGCAUGUUCGCUCUCCUCGGGCAUAGCCACCUGACCCGGCCACGCGAUGACUAUCCGGAUAUCCCACUCCUCGCAGCGACGAGGCGCGCUACAGAGGUGUUAGGUAGUCUGCUGGUCAAGAUUCUGGGGGUCACGUGGGAGGACAGGAUAGCUGCAAAGCUUGGGACUUGAUUUUGGAAACGACAGCGCGCUUGAGAACAUGCCUGUCUGGAAUAUAUUUAUGAAGUUGUUCGAAGUGGUUGUCUUGAUGAAUUAGUGUGAAUAGCUCUUGAAGAAGGUGAUGGGGUUUCACGUGUGUCGCGUGCAAGAUCUUGGUGCGGUGACAAAGCCAGCCAACACCGCGGCACAAUGAUGUCACAACGACGAAAGUCUCAGCGUGGCUCCCGCUGAUCAGUCUUGUCAGUCUUUAAGAGUAGGGCUUUCCCCCUUCGUUGAGUAACAAUUCCACAUGAUGAGCACUGUCACGC